AUGUCCAAUGCUCUGCUGAGGAGAAAUUCCAGCAAACAGGGUCUCCAGAACCUCAUAAGGUUGACAGCUCAAAGGAGUGUUGAGGAUGCCGAGGAAGUGGAAAGAGAACGUAGAAGACGAGCUCGAGAGGAGGUCUAUCGCAGGAACGAUGAUGCGGCACCUGCAGAUUACGCAAGCAACCAGACAGACAAUGAUGACACAUUUCAAGGCGUUGUGAAGCCCCGCAGCUCACCAUCUCUGGAGGAGGACGAGGGCUUCAGUGACUGGACGCAGCGCAGACAGCAGAAACGACAACAGCGCCUCGAGGAGGUGGCCAAGGGAGAACGGCUGCACUCCAAGAAGGACGAACAUGACAGGGACACCUACAGAGCGCCCUCGGAAGACACCUCAGCAUCCUCCAGUACGUCAUCAUCUUCAUCCACUCGCGUCCUGAUCCCAAAGACUGACGACACGGCCACACAUCAUCAGAGUCAGGCGGAGGAAAGGCAAAGAGGCAAGGGGUCACAGACAUCUAAAGUUUUCCUUUUCCAAGAUUACAAACACGAUGGAGACACUGCCCAACAAGAAGUGACUUCAUAUUCCAGCAAACAACCCAAGAGCAGGUCUCCCAGGUGCAAUGAGCAGGGCGAGGCGGAGGCUAUCGUGGAGGCAGAGCGUCGUAUGGAGAAGAUCCGCCUGGGUCUCCAGGAGAAGGAGUGUCAUGAACUGGAGCAGCUGAAACAUCGGCAAGCUCAAGCCGAGCAUGAGCUAGAGGAGCUCACCAGGAGGAGAGAGCUGAGAAGACGACUCAGAAGUGAGGAGGAACAGCGGCAGCAAGUUGACGAGCGACAACGUGCCACCAAAGAGGAGGAGGAGCACCGUCGAAUGAAAGAGGACAUAGAGAGGAGAAGAGUAGAGGCGGCCGUGCGUAUGAAGAGCUUGAGUGGCAGCAGCGGCGACACAGACAAGACCUUCAGCCCCAUCAAGACGCCCACACAUAAAAUUACAGAGAGGACAGAGUCCCUCAACCGCUCGCUGAAGAAAAGUAACAGUUUCAAAAAGACAUCAGCGAUUGUACUUGUCAGCAACAUCGAUGACAAGAUGGAGCAGUACGCACAUGCUGUAGAGAACUCUCAGGAACCUCGAGGAUUGAAGACCUCAAUGGCUGACCUUCCCAACUCAUUGGAGGUUGUCACCUCUAAGAAGAACUUGUUUGAGGCCGGUGAGGUGCAGACCAGCCCCUCCCCCAAAACAACUUCCUGUCGGGACACUGACGGUUUAAAGGUGGGCGUGGCCAACCUCAUCAACCAGUGGGUUAAGGGACAACCGAACACUGGCCGACCUACACAAAGCCAAGUGGCGGAUGUCAAGUAUGGAGAUGUGAUGCAGAAGAAAAACAUGUGGGAAGUUAUUGGAGAUUCAUCAGGGAGAUCUGCCACAGACAUCAAGGGUUCGGCAGCAGUGAAUAAGAAGUUCAGAUUUGUCGUGACAGGACAUGGCAAGUAUGAGAAGAUCUCUGUGGACCAGGAACAUGAUGCUAACACAAAAUCUGAAGUGAAGCUGGAAAUUUAG